AUGAUCGACCUGGUUGAUAUAAUCAGUAACUGUAGCUUGGAUAGAUUGAUUGAUGAAUAUUCUGUUGGAUUUGAGGGACAAAAUAGAGAAUACAAUUUACACAGCUCCAGCUUUAUCCUUAAAUAUUUAUGGGCCCUUGCUUUAACUCGCACUUUCCAACCAUGUUUGUCACAAGUGCCAUUAGCAAAUCCAGGACUCUCAUCUUUUAACAGUGGUUUUCUAAACGAUGGGUUUGUUUCUGGAAUCGGCAGUGUAGGUGGCAGUACAUUAGGUAUUCCAAGUUUCAGUACAUCUGGAGCAGGAACAGGACUUCCCAUUGCAACGGGAGGAUUUACUACAGUAGGUGGGCCUGGCGUGGGACUAGUGGAUGGAAGUCUUGGGACAGGUGGUGUAAUUGGUGGAGGUGAUCUAGGAACCGGUGGAUUAGGAGGAACUACAUUUGUUGGAGGACCUGGCAGUGGUUUAGGAGGGGCUGGCGGGGUAGUGCCUUCCUUCGUCGGAGGAGUCGAUGGAUUUGGAGGAGCUGGUGAUGGUUUCACUUUUGUUGGCAGUGGAGGAGGUGCUGGAGCUCCCGGAGCCGGUGCCACAUUUUUUGGAGGUAGUGGUUUAGGAACUGGCGGCGGAUUGCCUUCUUUUGGGGGAGGAGUUGAUGGAUUUGGAGGACCUGGAGGUGGAUUCACUUUCGUUGGCGGUGGAGGAGCUGUUGGGGCUCCUGGGGACGGUGCUGCAUUUGUCGGAGGUGGUGGCUUAGGAGGAGCUGGAGGCGGAUUUCCUUCUUUUGGCGGAGGAGUUGAUGGAUUUGGUGGACCUGGCGAUGGAUUUACAUUCGUUGGGGGAGGAGGUGGUGUUGGGGCUCCUGGUGCCCCUGUACAAGUUAUUGAUGCUGGAACGGGGGGAUUUGGUGGAACUGGUGGAUUAGGAGGAGUUGAUUUUGUUGGCAGUGGAGAUGGCUUUGGAGGACCUGGCACCAUUAUCAACGGAGGUGCCACUGGUUUUGGAGGACCUGGAGGAGGUGGAGCAGUACCAGGUAUUGCAGUUGGAGGUGGUCCUGGAAUAGGAGGCCUAGGGGACGUCACUAUUCUAAACGGUCAAGGAGGAGCUUUGGGCACAGGUGGGACUUUUGUAGGACCGGAUCCCUUUCCUGAAGGUGGAGUUGGUCUAGGCACAGGGGGGACUAUAGGCGCAGGCGGUACAGGGUUACCAGCCGGUAGCUUUGUAGGUCCAGAACCAAUAAUACCCACCACAUCUGUAGUAACAGUUUCUCCAGGAGGCAUCGGAGGUGGAUUAGGAGUAGGAGGGAGUCUUGGUGGAAUUACCAGUGGACUUGGAGGGGGAGGGGGAUUAGGUGGAUUUGGUAGUCUCGGUGGAAUCGGAGGACUGGGUGGUGGGGGUGGACUUGGAGGUGGGAGUCUGGGAAUUAACAAUUUUGGAGGUGGGGUAUUUGGUGGUGGACUAGGAGGCGGGGGAUUAGGUGGUGGGUUGGGAGGUGGAGGAUUAGGUGGUGGGCUGGGAGGUGGGGGGUUAGGUGGUGGGCUAGGAGGUGGAGGAUUAGGUGGUGGACUGGGAGGUGGGGGAUUAGGUGGUGGGCUGGGAGGUGGAGGAUUAGGUGGUGGGCUGGGAGGUGGAGGGUUAGGUGGUGGGCUGGGAGGUGGAGGAUUAGGUGGUGGGCUGGGAGGUGGAGGGUUAAGUGGUGGACUGGGAGGUGGAGGAUUAGGAGGACUAGGUGGUGGUGGAUUAGGUGGUGGACUGGGAGGUGGUGGAUUAGGGGGACUAGGUGGUGGUGGAUUAGGUGGGUUUGGGGGUGGAGGAUUAGGGGGACUAGGUGGUGGUGGAUUAGGGGGGCUGGGAGGCGGAUUAGGUGGUGGAUUAGGGGGGUUGGGUGGCGGCUUGUAUGGUGGGGGGUUAGGUGGGCUUGGAGGGGCCCUUGCUGGAUCUGGAGGGGCAUUUGGCGCAUUAGCUGGAGGGGGUGGAGGAUGGUGGUACUCUUUUACACAGAGUGCUUUUUUCCCUUUUGCGGUAGCUGCUGCAGUAAUCGCUGCUGGACAAGCCGCGAGUGGAAGCGGAGGAGGUUUCUUUGGACUCUUUGGGGGAGGAAGCAGCGGUAGCGCUGCCUCUUCGUCCGCAGCGGCAGGUGGCAGUGCAUUUGUAGCCGCAACUCCGGCACCUGUAAGCAGUCUGUGUCCAUCACGAAGAAAUCCUGUUGCUUGUGCAUGGUGUAACACAAAUGGACCAACGAAAGCAACCUGCGAUGCCAAUGCAAAUGGUGCAAAUGGUAAUGACGACCCUGUAAACUCUGCCACCGACAGUUCUGGUGAUGACUGCUUGUGGUAUAGUGAUACAAACAUAUGUCUGAAUGACGAGGGAACCACUUAA